AUGGCAAUCAGAAUCACAAGGUGCUAUCGGACAGUUUCUGCGGCUGCCGCGCUUUUCCUGGCGAGGACACCGCCCGGGACUCUGUUAGCGAGGGAAAGACAGAUGCUCCACGAACUCGGUCUGAGAUCGAACGGUGGCGACGCGAAAAAAAAAAGAUGGACAUCCAAGUGCAUACCGGACCUGGAGACGUGGUACGAGAGACCCUUCGGAGAUGUUGACUACCACACAACGCAGGCCCUCACGAAUCACGGCAACUUCCAGGCAUACCUCCACAGAUUCAAACUCGCAACAUCGAACGUCUGCAGCCAAUGCGACUCCGGCGAGGCCGACCGCGCUAAUCAUACGAUCCUCCGCUGCGAGGCCUUUGCCCACCAAAGGAUCGGUAUCGUUGCGCGCAGCACCCCAGAAAUGAAAUCAUGGAAUCGUAAGUUCUGUGUUCUGUUUGACACAAGUCCACAAGGUGUCCGUCGGCUCGAGUUGUUCGACAGCGAGGAGCAGCUUGCCAAAGGCAAUAGCGGAAAAAUCCUGGUGCUUGAGGAUGCAGUGAAAAUUCACACAAUGCCAAAAAACAACAAAGAAACUAAUCUCUUCGAGAUCACCACAGAGAAGCGCACCUUGCAGUUGCGCACGGAAAAUACGAAGGAACUUUCGGAGUGGAUCGAAAAGCUACGGAAAGUUUGCUUCCCCGAGAAACAGAGCAUCGUCAACAUGAACAACAACGGAACUAAAUCGAAUGGCUACUCAGUCAAGGAAAAUGAUCUCUACGGAGCGGUCGAGGACACGUUCCCUGUCAAGUUGAUCAGCACCCCCGCGUCGGAGAAGUGUGGCUUGGAUCCCUCUGAGCUGAACUACGUCAUAGUUCUGACGCCUGAUUCGAUGAUUCUCAAGUUCGGAGACUUGAACAAUUUCUACGUGAACGACGAUCAAGCCGACAAAACGAUCUACGAAUGGCAUUAUCCAUUUAUACGGCGCUACGGUAUCGUCAAUGGUUUCUUCAGCUUCGAAGCCGGCCGCAAGUGUCUCUCGGGAGAAGGACUUUUCUCCUUCGAUGCUCCGGAUGUUCGGAAGAUCUUCGAGCGUUUGGCGAGCUUCAUGAAGUUGGCCGGGGAGAAGCGUAAACAGAUGAAAGCGGCUUCCUCACCCGUGCAAACCGCUGAAGAUAUUCACUUACCAAAAAGCAACGUUUGCGAAAAGGUGCCACAGGACGAGAAUUGCGAGGGCUGCAAGAAACUUAGCAACGGGAACGCGGAGAGCCCAGAUCAGGCGAUUCUUUUCGGGAGGGCAUGCGCGGUCCCGCAGACUCCGAUCAGUAGCGCGGUGUACGCAAACGUCACCGAUCUGGAAACCGUGAGCGUGGAUCAUAUCGUCGUGGGCGACGGUGUCGAAUAUGCGCGAGUUAUCAAAUCGGCUACAGUAGUUCCACCGCCCCCACCUCCACCAAUCCAAAGAAUCACGCGGAUGGAUUCAGUCGAGAAACUAGAAGACGCUUGCUGACGUUCAUUUGUACAUAAGUCAGGCUGUCGCGGUAGACUGCUACCAGAGUGUACUAACGCAUUAUCGGAAUAAGAAACGACGAGUUCGGUUGAGCGAAUGGGCUCGACUGAGCGGAUCCAUUUGACCCCGCAGAGAAGGACGGAAGCUUCGUAAUUCGAAGCGUGUGACCUUGGUCUUGCUCUCCUCCUCCGUGGUGUUAUCCGAUCGCGCUCAGACACGCCGAACUCAAAUCAUGAUUAUUGAUCAUUGUCGUCGAUGAUCCGAAUGCAUUCGUUGAGUUUGAAUAAAAUAUAUAUCAUCAUCAGAGAAAAAGUAAAAUCACAAAAC